UCCGUCAUCCGUACUGAUCCGUACUAGUUCAAGCGGUUCAAGCAUUGUCGACACCAGAGAGACUGAGAUACACGAAAGCCCGAAAGCUAGCAGAAGUUGCGUGAAACCAAAAUGGCACGUUUACGACAUUUGGGCCAGUUUGGCCAAAUGUUUAAGAGAACUGAAACAACUGUGGUGCAAACUGUAGAGCAACGUAGUCAUUCCACAGGAGAAGGUGCAAUCAAAUUGUGGAGAAACCUCACUUUAUUCGGCGCUGUACCUGCUAUUUUACUUUCAACGAUUAAUUGUUAUAUAAACCAUAUAAACCACAAAGAAGAAAGACCAGAACCUAUUCCUUAUCCUUAUAUGAAGAUUAUGAACAAGCGUUUUCCAUGGGGAGAUGGUAAGCAUUCAUUGUUUCACAAUCCUAAAAAAAAUUGGAUUCCCGGUGUUGGUUAUGAAGAAUAAUUUGUCCAGUGGAAUUGUUAGUUUGUAGUUUACAUUCAAUGUCAUGUAUAUAUUCUUAUCUUGUAUUGUAUCAGACAACAAAGUGAAUAAAAGUCAAUGCUUUGAAACUCAA